AUCCGCGAUUAACGGGUGGGAAGGGGACGAAGAAACCAACCGAUGCUGUGCCGCAUUAUGUGCGCAACUUUCUGCGCAAACUGGAACAGUUCAAAGAGAAAACCAAAGUGCAACCGGUGAGUAUCAACGGUACAUAUACCAUGUAUCUGUAG